AUGGCAGCCACCACAGGCUCGGGAGUAAAAGUCCCUCACAAUUUCCGACUGUUGGAAGAAGGCCAGAAAGGAGUAGGAGAUGGCACAGUUAGCUGGGGUCUAGAAGAUGAUGAAGACAUGACACUUACAAGAUGGACAGGGAUGAUAAUAGGGCCUCCAAGAACAAUUUAUGAAAACCGAAUAUACAGCCUUAAAAUAGAAUGUGGACCUAAAUACCCAGAAGCACCCCCCUUUGUAAGAUUUGUAACAAAAAUUAACAUGAAUGGAGUUAAUAGUUCUAAUGGAGUGGUGGACCCAAGAGCCAUAUCAGUGCUAGCAAAAUGGCAGAAUUCAUGUCGCAUCAAAGUUGUCCUGCAAGAGCUUCGGCGCCUAAUGAUGUCUAAAGAAAAUAGGAAACUCCCUCAGCCACCAGAAGGACAGUGUUACAGCAAUUAA